UUACAUGUCGAAAAGGUGAUGUUAUGAUAUCUUCCGCUAGAUGUCGCUGCUGGAAACCGGCCGCGGCGGACCAGGCCGCCAGUACAUGGCGCCGUGGGCGUCGCUGGGAGGUGGUGGCGCCACCUACGUGCCGGACAUGCCGCUGUGGGGCUGCGACACGCGUGCGGCAUGGGAGUCGCGCCUGCGCCACGACCUGCAGGCGGCCACGUGCGCUGGCGAGGAGUGUACCUGCGUGCUGGCCGACACCGACGCCUGUUCUGUGGAGGUGCUGUCGUCGCACGCGUUCCUGGUGGACCGCGCGGGCGCCCGCGGUCUCAGCGUCGUCUUCUCGCCGCUCGUCUCCGCCCUGGUCGAGUCGGUCUGCCGGGUUCACGAGACGGGCGCGCCGGCCCCGCUGGUGCUGCACCACCUGGAGAGUCAGCUGGCGCUGGUGACGUCGCGCGCCGCCGAGCUGGCCCAGUUCCUGAUCACCAGCAGUCUGACCACGCUGCGGGAGGUGACGGAGGUGCUGGACGUGGACUCAAACGACGUGCCGCUGCUGCUGUCGGCCGCCUCCGUGCUGUGCCCCGAGGUCACCAGCAAGUACGGCCUCUCCAUCCGGUGACGGUGUGCCUCGGCCGCCCGUCUAACGCGAUGGGGCAGUGACGGCCAGGCGCGUCUGCCACAGUGGCCUAUCUGCCGUCCAGUCGCAUUGUCCUCGGCGUCUGUGCGCCGGUGGACUGCCAUACCCGCGCAUCCGCUGCUGCCUCUGCGGCCCGCUGGCGCUGCGCGGGUUGACUGUCAGAGUCGUGUAUCUGCAGCCGCUGGCGGGUGACACUCACCGGCUGACCGCCGUAGUCUUCCGUCUGCCGCUGCUGCCCGGUGUCGCUUCCAGCCAACACGGCCCGGUGCGCCAGCCGCCUGGUGUUGUCGGGCGUGUGUGUACAGGCGCCGGUGCACGGCGAGAGCUGUGCCUGCCCGCUGGCCGCAGCGGUGUCUCCCCGCUGGCGGGAGCGAUGCCUCCCCGCCAGCCAGAGCGGUGCCUCCCCGCCAGCCGGAGCAGCGCCUCCCC